CUCUCGCGUCUCUCAUCGCCGUCGACAACGUGCUCGCUGUUGCUGCUCACUGUCAUCGCCUUUCUCGCAUAGACCGACAUCCUGAUACUCUAAGGCGGCGGCGAGCUUGAUAGCCACACGUCGCACGGCCUCGCAAACGCCUGUGCCACCAUGGGUGUUCCCCGCAUACCCAGCCUCUUUCUCUGCGCGGCGCUCUGGGUGCAAUGCGUAAUAUUCGUGCUGGGCGCGCCGACGGACAUCCCCUCGGCAGCCAGCUUCUACGUCCCUUCCCUCCCCGACUUACAACCCCACCCCGAUCGCCCCCUCUCAAUAUUCGCCGGACAUCUAUCAUCAGACCCGGAUGCUAGCAAGGCAGCUGCUACAGAUGUUACCGCACACCUCUACUUCGUCAUGAUCAAGAACCGGCGUGUUGCGGACAAGGAACGGAUUAUGUUCUGGUUCAAUGGCGGGCCAGGAUGCUCAUCAUUUGAUGGGCUAAUGAUGGAGAACGGUCCUUGGCGCGUUGAUGGAAAUGGUGGACUGAAGGUCGCGGACGGUGGAUGGGAGGAAUACACCACCAUGGUGUACGUCGAUCAGCCAGCGGGGACUGGCUUCUCAUACACGGCGACGAACCACUACGUGCAGACCUUAGAGGAAGCUUCCCAACAACUUCUGGUAUUCCUGCACAACUUUUAUGAUGUAUUUCCCGAGUACAAGUCGAUGGAGACGUACUUCGGUGGUGAGAGCUACGCGGGGCAGUACCUCCCGUACUUCGCGGACGCGGUACUUAACUCGGAUCUCUACAUCCCUCUGCGCGGUGUUGCAAUAGGCAAUGGCUGGAUUGACUCACGAAGGCAAUAUCCUUCCUACAUCGACUACCUCGUACGAGUUGGUAUACUCUCUGAGACGAGCGACGAAUACAAGGAAGCGAAGGAAAAGACGGAGUCCUGCAUCAAAGGCUUCGAAAACUACGUCAAUGAGCCGAUCAACAUCCAGGAAUGCGAAGGCCUCAUCAUGGACGUUGCGAAGGUCCGGGAAAAGCAGGACGGCGACAAGCAGAUGUGCAUGAACAUCUACGAUGUUCGCCUCGAUGACACUGCACCCGCCUGCGGCAUGAACUGGCCACCAGAUAUCAAGCCCAUUACGGAGUACCUAGAUCGAUCCGACGUCGUCUCUGCCCUCCACGCCGAGGCCCACUCCGGAUCCUGGGUCGAGUGCCGCGGACAGGUGCACGUCCAGUUCCGCGAGGAGCGAUCGAACUCGUCCAUCACUGUUCUCCCGAAGGUCCUCGAGCGCAUACCGGUGCUACUGUUUGCGGGCGACCAGGAUUAUAUCUGCAACUAUGUCGGGCUGGAGAAUAUGAUCCAGGCGAUGUCGUGGAAUGAUGGGACGGGGUUGGGGAAAGUACAAACACAAUCUUGGACGGUGGACGGCGCGCCCGCAGGGACGUGGGUCUCGUCGCGCAACCUCACCUACGCGAAGAUCUUCAACGCCUCGCAUAUGGCGCCCUUCGACCUGCCGCACGUCAGCCACGACAUGAUCCUGCGCUUCAUGAACGUCAACUUCUCCGCCAUCCUCGACGGCUCGGCGCGUAUACCCAGUAGCAUCGGGUCGGAGGAGAAGCCCACUUUUACUGCGAUUGAGGAGGAGUUGCCAAACACUCCCAUCACACCGGGAAAGACGCCUGAGCAGGAUAAGGCGAUGUGGGAGGCAUACUACAACGCCGGCUCCGCCGCCCUUGUCCUUGUUGUCGUAUUCGGCAUUAUCGGUGCCGUCGUGUGGUUCCGCCGCCGGCGCGGGGGCAGCCUGCGCCUCCCUGGUACUGUCGACUUCAGCAGGCGGCCGGGCGACUUCAGUAGUCGCGCCGACGCCGAGGAGAGUAUUCCUCUGAACGCCAGCGACAGCAUGGGGAACCUACGAAACAGCAGUACACCCCGACUUAGCGAAGAUGGCGAUGGGCGCACGUUGCGUGGAGACGAUGACGAGAGGAAGGAUAAGGGGAAAGGGCGCGCGCUGUUGCCGCCGGAGCCCAUAUUCGAUGUGGGGAGCGAUGAUGAGGAUGGGUAUAGGGAUGAGCAUGAGCAUGGGAGGAAGGAUGCGUAGGUGGGACAGCCUCUGUCAGUCUGUAAAUUACAGUACAUGGCGCACAGUCAGUGUAUUAUUUAUGUGGCUACUUAUUGGCUGGCGUUGUGAGCUUGAGG